AUGAAGCAGUCGGAUAAGGAAAACCAGGCGAAUCCUGUUUCAGGGAUGGAGGGCUCGGACAGUGCUUCCGCUUCGGAUACAACAAAGGCCAAAUACCAACAGGUUCUGAAUCAAGCGUUUGCCCAAAUGGACAUUCAACAAAAGGAAUCGUGGGUCCAUGACACGGACAGUAGCUCAGACAUUGAUGAGGAGUAUGUGAAAGAGAACAAACGACAAACACUGAAAAUGUGGCUAAAUCGAUUGUUUCGAAUCAAAAUGACGGAUGGCCGGAUACUGAGUGGUUAUUUCGUUUGCACCGACGCAGAUGCCAACGUUGUGCUACAGGCGACGAGCGAAUUUACCGAGAUAGGAGGAGAAGAACGGAUCCUUGGACUGGUCAUGAUACCAGGCCGGUACAUAGUGUCGAUAGAAGAACGAAACCCAAGAUUCACGUGGUAA